CUGCCGGUCUCACUCGGCCAGGCGUGGAGGGAGCCGCGUGCAGCGAGGACGAUGAGCUCCCGGGACUGGCGAGGGCUGCCCCGCGGCCGCCUCCUCCUGCUGGCCGCCCUGCUCGCCUGGGCCGCCGCCGAUGCCCACGAAGAGGAAGCGGAUGGACCCCACUCUGAGGCAGGUCCUCCUCCUGGCCAUGGAAACAGUCACUGGAGCUAUGCAGACAAGGCAGAGUGGGCCUCCGAUUUCCCCCACUGCGGGGGCCACAUGCAGUCCCCCAUCAACAUUGAGACGAGGGCUGCCCUCUUCAGUCCCCAGCUGGAGCCCAUCCUGCUGCCUGACUACAGCCUGCCUCCCAGGGAGAUGCUCCGCCUCCAGAACAAUGGACACACAGAGGCGUGCUUUCGCCAGUGGGGCCUCUUGCUGCUGCUGAGCUGCCUGCCGGCACACGAUUUCCGUUCUCAUCCUGGGGCAAAGUUCUCAACUCGAGUGGUCCUCGAAAUGCCCAGGAAUUUGACCGUCACCGGCGGGGGAUUCCCACAGCCAUACCAGGCUGCCCAGCUGCACUUGCACUGGGGGUCUGACCUGAAGCCUGGCUCCGAGCACACAGUGGAUGGGCAUCGCUAUGCUGGAGAGAUUCACGUGGUUUAUUACAGCUCCCGCUUUGACACCAUCCAGGAGGCACAAGUCGAGCCUGGAGGCCUGGCUGUGCUGGCUGCAUUUCUGCAGGUUGGGUCGGAGGAAAACAAGCCAUAUCAGCACAUCCUUGAACAUCUGAAUGAAGUCCAUGAGGAAGGAGAAGAAACCUGGAUUCCUGCCUUUGAUGUAGCCAAACUCCUUCCUGACGACCUCAGUCGCUACUUCCGCUACAAUGGCUCACUGACCACUCCACCUUGUUACCAGACGGUGAACUGGACGAUCUUUAACCAGACAAUUCGACUGUCCCCAGAUCAGAUCUCCGUGCUGGAGGACACCCUUCAUGCAGAUGAGGACGAGCUGAUCCAGGACAACUUCCGCUUGCCUCAGAGUCUGCAGGGCCGGCGUGUCCUGGCCAGCUUCCCGAUGCUCCACAGCCCAGAAAGGGCUCAACCGCCUGGUGAGGGGGCAUCGACAAGGGUCCCAGAUCCUUAUGGUCCUGCAGAGGAAGGCGGGGGCAACAGUGCAGGAUCUGCAGCAGGCGGAGGGCAGCCCCUCACCCCAGAUGGUGCCUCAGGGAGAGACUCUGAACCAGCCUCUGGAGAAGGUCAGACUCCAGCGACAAGUGCAGGUGCUGACCAGCAGGUGGGCUCCUCCCUUCAGACAGGGGACGUGUUGGCCGCCGUGUUUGCAGCUCUCUUUGGCAUCACUGCUCUCGCCUUCUUCCUCUAUGUCCGGAAGCAGCAGGCCCAGAAGCGCAGACGGGAUUGUCAGCCCACCAAGUCCAGCAUCAUCUACACAGCAGCCACUACGGAGGAGAAUGCAGCCUAGAAGGAAGCCCCAGCAGCUUCGACUCCCUCUGCCCCGUCUGAACACCUCCCUGCCCCCACCCCACAAGGAAGAGACACGCAGGCACCCAUCCCCACGGUGUCCCCACAGCCUUGGCCCUGGCCCUU